GAGCACCACCAGGCAGCUUAAGGUGACUCCUAAAAGGCCUCCGUCCGCCCCGCCGACGCCACUCGUAUUUCGCCUCAUUUCACGCCACUACACGAGUCUCUUCCCUUCCAUCAUGGCCCCUAAGAAAGCUCUCGUUCUCCUGGCCGAGGGGGCGGAGGAGAUGGAAGCUGUCAUUGCCAUUGAUACGCUGAGGAGAGGCGGGAUAGAAGUCACUGUUGCUGGGCUCGCAGGUGCAGGAGCUGUGAAGUGCAGCCGAGAUGUGGUGGUCAUGCCUGAUGCCGCCCUAGAUGACGUUGCAGGAAAGGGACCCUAUGACGCCAUCGUUCUCCCUGGAGGCCUCAAGGGUGCUGAGAGCUUUGGCCAGAGUGCUGCUCUGAAGACCCUCCUCACUGACCAACAGAAAGCAGGUCGAGUUAUUGGAGCAAUCUGUGCUGCCCCUGCUGUCUCCCUCACUGCCCUUGGCAUAGGGGAGGGCAAGAAGGUGACCUGCUAUCCUGCCCUGAAGGACCGCCUUGAUGCCAGCAAGUACACCUACCAGGAUCAGAAAGUGGUUGUGGAUGGCGAGCUCAUCACCUCCCAGGGCCCAGGAACAGCUUUUGACUUUGGUCUGGCUCUUGUAGAGAAACUUGUGGAUUCUGAGAAGUCUGAUGCUGUUGCCAAGGCCAUGCUGCUCAAGUAAAAUUAAGACAACAAUAAGAACAACAAUGGUGAUAAACAGCUGCUAAAAUUGGAAGAAAGUAUGUUUUUCUUUUGUUUUCAUUUUUUUUUUUUAGUCUUAUAUCAACAUCUUAUAAUGGAAAUGUUUACUGUCAGCAAAAAAUGUUUGUUCUCUUUCUUUAAAAAGAAUCUGUAAAUUGUCCCAUUAUGAAGAAAUAGUAAAUUUGUGUUGAAAUACUGAAUUUUUUUUCUCAUUAUUCCUCAAAAGUGAGGAAUCUGUGAUAUGGAAUUGAAAUUAAGAUAAUUUUCA